AUGAACGCCGAAGACGAGCCAAAUAACCCCUCUGUUGAUCCUACUGUCCAUACUUUUGACCAAAGCCCAGGCACUCAACUUCGAAGUCCUGGAAUAGGCAAGAGAAGGAAGCCUGGAAGGCCGCCAGGGUCCAAGAACAAAGCCAAGGCAAUGAUGCCAUCCUCUCAAGGUAUAGGACUCCGAAACAGAACCGUCUUUCUCCCAUGGAAUGUAGUCGACAUUAGCGACAGCAGUGAAGAUGAAAAAAAUGAGUUCAGAGACGUCCACGACAAUGGCAGUGAAUGGGAGGACGAUACCUCCGACACUGAAAAGUACGAAUCCAAGGUCAUCUCCGAGCAGCGGCAAGCGUAUCGAAAGGGAGUCCGGCAUAUGACCCAACUAAUCCGAGAAAAGGGCCCAACCACGAAAAGAAGUACCGAAUCACGUCGUCAAUUAUCUUCUUCUCCCGCUCCUCGACGCACUGGCGUCUGGAAUCAAGCCAAGGGGGAUCAACUCAACGAUCUUUGGGAACAUAGCUUGGAAAAGGCGGCUAUGGAGCAUUACUCCAAGGGGGCUCACAGUCUGCUGGCGGCGUGGAAAAUGUCACUGCAACUCUUCGGCAUCGAUCCUCCCGCAUUAAUCUCGAUGUAUCGACACAUGGAGUUCGAAAAUAGCACCAAUGAAUGCUUUGAUCAUCACGGAGAGAUGAAACGCAAUCCACUCUGGUCCCACGAAUUUUGCAGACAGCUCACACGAAUCAUGGCUCAUCCUCUAUUCACUAACGAGAACGACCAUCGCUUCAUUCCUAUCCUCAUCAGAUGGGCUGUGAUAUGUAGGGUCGAUGAUGGUCACGAGUUCACAGAAUUGGAGCAGCGAUUACUCGACGACGUCUGUGUCAACUUUCGCCCACCAGAAAUUCAAGAGUCCAUAGUAAAGCGGUUUCAAAGCUAUCAGCAGAAGCGAAAGGACGACGGUCGAAUCGUGUCCAGACAUGCGCAACUGAUGUCUCGCAUUGUGGACUAUUCCAAGACAAUAAAAAGAGAAUCUGCCGACAGCUUCGCCCCCGUCAAAACCAGAGAUCUAACUGUCAUUAUCAAAGCUCUCGAUAGCCUCGACCGUUACACUGCGAACAUGAGUUGUGAAACCUACUUUCUAGUCUAUUCCGCUAGCAAAAGACCUGGCGGUUAUCCUGUGGGACUGCCUGACCUUUCGGAUGCGUGCAAGAUAUCAUGGAUCAACCUGCAACGUCGACGAAUGCCCGAUUACAACGAGAUUCUGCUGACCACUAUCACCGUCGCACCCAACGAUCGAGCCAACAGAGUGGACCUUGAAAUUGAAGAAGCCGGGGAACUCGACAUGAGUCCGAUCCCGUGCAGCCCUAUCCCAUCAGUCGAUGGUGGAGAAUCGACUGCUUCUAAAGCAAACGAACCACCCCAAAAGCCUGAUGGAGAUCCUUUACAGAAUCGUCGCCUUAGCCGCUCGCCAUCAAAACUUGAAGACGGUGAGAUUCGAAAGGAGACCGAAGCCAACAAAUCACCUCGAAAGUCUGAUGGAGACCCUUUCCAAGAUCACCACCUUAGCCACUCGCAAUCGGAACUUGAAGACGGUGAGAUACGGAAAGAAAUCAAAGUCCUCACUUCCACCCACAAUGAUGAUGGUGAUGAUCCUCAUCACCAUCUGCACGAAUCCCCAAAAUCGUUGGUAAGAAUUGAUCAACUUUCAGGGGCUCCUGCUCAGAGUGAGCCCCCGAAACCUUCAGAGAUCACUACAACACAGCCUUCUGUAAAUUACUCUAAUUUUGAUGAACUUGACAAGCUGCUGCUAUCCCAUUCCGCGCCCACGCAUGAAGUUACCAAGCCGAGAGCGCCAGAAGCUGUUAUGACACUCCCACUCCCACUCUCACUCUCACUCUCACUCUCACGAACUAGGGACCCCUACCGAGACCCUGCUAGAUUACACGAUAAUGACCACAAGGAUGGCACUGAGGGCGGCUUCCGCAAUGUAGAUGAGCUCUUCGAAAGGCGUACUGGCAAGCGAAAUACUGGCAGGCGAGAUACUGGCAAUGAGGUAUCAACGCCAGCACGAGACCCUCGAGCUUCAAGCAGGCACGAGGUGCCACUACCAAGCCUGACUCGCAAGAGAGACUACCGCAGAGAUGAAGAGGAUGGAUACACAAAGAGACGAAAGUUCCAUGGAUGGAGCCGAGAUCAUCGUCAUGAUAGACGAGACAGUGCCGACGACCGUCGAGGCGCUUAUCAACCGCAACGAUAUCCAGCUUCACAGCCACAGCGGCCCGCCGGCCCAAGAGCCUGGCAUUUGGAACAAAGGUAUAAAAGAAGGUGA